AUGGCCCCUUCUGCAUUCGCGAUGAGCCCGAUCCGAGCCAAGUCACCGAUUGACCCUCUUACCAUCGGUGCUACUCGACGGCGACGAAAAGAGACGGUCAACGAGCGUGUCGAGCACAUUCUGAGAGGAGCACUACGCGACGCAGAGGAGGAAGCGCUGCAGGAGCGGGAAGGCGACCCUGAAACGCGAGGGCGCGCGUUGCAGCGCUCUCAUCAGCUUGCGUCACUGUACACAACUUCAACAGAAAAUAAAUUUCUACGCGCUCGGGCGAAAGACGCUGCACUGACUCGGCAUCGUAUUGAGGCAGAAGACUCAGAAGACUGCGAAAUUCAGUCGAAGACGAGACCAUGGUACGGCUGCAGUCCCGCCGCCACUUUAAAAGAGCAGAUCCCUUUGGGCAUCACAUUGGACGCUAAACUGCGCCGCUACGGGGCGCGAGGUACAGCGAAGUUGCAGCACGGCUGGAGGUCUCAGGAAGCGCUAGAGCCCUUGUCUCCUAACCACCCCAUCGUUCCUGUUGACGAGUUCGUGUCGGGGCUUAGUGGUUCGCCGUCGCUCUGGCCACCCGAAGCAUUUCACCCGACUGGAUCCCGUCUACCCGUGAGGAUGACGCGCUGUCCUUCAUCUCCAAUCGCAGUUUCUCUCCAACAAAAGUCAACACAAAAGCUGCAAACUCUCUACAAACAAGAGAAACGGAUCGCCUUGGAGACACAAGCGCAAAACCAGCGAGACAUAACUGAAUGGCAAAGCCGAACGCUGCAUUUCCAGCCUUCGUCGGAGCUAGCAGCGCAUCGAAAGCAGCAGGAAAGUGAUCCACAGCUCCGUCAUCGACGUACACAGGUCUCAGCUAUUGUGCAGACCCCGGGGUAUUCACCCGAGAAGCAACGGAGUCAAGAGUCUAACGAGCUCAAGAAGAAGAGGUUCCCGCUUCGAUGGCGCUCGUUCGCUAAAUUGCUGGACGCAAUGCGCCGGACUCCCUGUCGACGACCGGUGCUGCAGGAUAUGGAGAAAUUGUUCGCUUUGGCUCGAGAGUUGGGGGCUCUCAAUGCACUGGGCACUUGUAUGCUCUCUCGCGCGCAGUUCACGCUCCUAGUGACGAGGGAAUUCCCGUCGUGUGAUCUGAAAUACGUCAACCGCUUGUUCUCAUCUUACGACUGGGAACUGCGCGACUCCGUCGACGCUCGGGUAGUUCUUGGCGCCAUACGAGCCAUGAGAGUCCAGCAGGGGGAACCGGUAGAGCUCAUUUGUGCUACGCUGCGUGACUUUGACGGCACUACGGACAUGAACGGCAAGAGCGUGGCUGGUGAUAAGGCUGUAGUGUCGGAUGGGGGUAGUCUGACCAAGGCGUUGUCGCUGUGCUGCUUCAGCGACUCGGAAGAGAAGGACAUGGAGAAUAGAGCGGAGAUGAUCUGGACCAAAUCCCUCUCGUGGCAGCGGCAAAUUCUAUCCCGACGUCUGCAUGGGGGCGCUGCAUACAAUAUUUGGAAGACGCGAGGAGCUUGGAAAGACGAAGAGGAUGUAAUGGAGGAGAUACCGGAACUCACUCGCCUUGUGGACGAGUCCCGCGUGCCUGUACGACGUAUUCGAGCUGCACUUAAGAGAGAGCGAGAGACGUUGGCGCUAUUCACACAACAACUGCUGCAACGCAGACACGAGUGUAUGAUCGCUGCCAAUACUCGGUCACCUCGAACGUAA